AUGCAAGAAUUAUUGAAUAUUAUAAAUGAGAAAAUUGGUUUAACAAAUGGUGCAAAAAAGUUAUACACAUUAAAUGGAGAGCUUAUUCAAUCAGUGGAACAAAUAAUUAGUGAUAAGGAAUAUGUAGCGGCAACAAAUGUUUUCAAAGCACUUUUAUACGGACAAAUGAAGUUUAUUACAUCUACUGAUAAAAUCGAUAAGCUAACAAUGAUAAAUUCUGAGAUUUCUUCCUUAGCGUCAACGAAAGUAUUAGCAUUACGAAUGUCGAGAAAUGUUGAAAUGAAAAGAGGUUGGCGUAAGGAGAGUGUGGCAGAGAAGAAAAGCAAAAAUAAUGUGCAACCGCAAAGAAAGUUAUCAGAUGGAAACAACAAUGCAUCAAAAGCUGAGCAAACAAAACCAAUAAAAUUAGUAAAAGAGAGUAAUGUGGCUAAAACUACAAUUAGUAACACAUCGCAAGCUGAAAAAGGAGAUGCAGUGAAAUUCAUUUCCACAAAUCCGUCUAAAUCGUCUAAAUCAUUAUUAGCUGAACCCAUAAUUAAAUCAUCAAAAGCACUUAAAAUGGAUGAAGUAAAAAUGAAUCAAACUUCUUCGAUGAUAACUGGUGAAUUGUCUAAAUGUUCGCUAUUAUCCAUAGGUCAAAGGCCAUCAACAACAUCAAUUAAGAAUCGCACUCCAACACCAAAACCAGGAGCUAAAAUUUACCAAUCUGAGAAAGGUAAUGUGAAUAAUAGUGCUAAAGAUAUAAUUACUUUUAAUUGCCGCUAA